AAAUCCUUUGGCAGGUCUCCGCCGUGAAAUUGCAGAAAAAUGGGCUUCGUCGUGGACAAAGUUUCCGAAGACUCAUUCUACGAGAAUCUACUCCUGGGCCUGUCCAGAGUGCUGGAUCGGAGCCAAUGCGUGUCCAAGUUAAGCCUCAAAAGACUGUCAGGAAUACGGCAAGUGGAUAUCAGGGCUUGGGAGCACAACAACGGCGUGAUUCUUCCCGAAGACUUGCGCUCGUUCUAUUCUUCAACCGACGGGUUCCUGUUCAGCUACGAGUUUUCCUAUGACUUCCACAGCAGCGACGAGGAAAAGAACAUUCGAUUGGGGGUGAUUCAAAUCAACCCUCUGAAUGAUUUGAUACGCACUUUCGGGUACGAGACGAAGAAUACGGCCCAAGUUCAACAUAAUGGAAACAUCCACUCGUUGACUUUGUCGAGGGAGAGUAAGGUGUUCGAGCUGGCCCACGUGGAUGAAAAAGGCAAAGUGGUCCUAGUGUACCCCACAACGUACUCAGUGCCCGCCAUCUGGCUCUACAGCGGCCAAAUGCACUUCAGCUACUUGGCCGAGGACUUCACCAGGUACUUCCGAAUGUGCUUAGCACACUUGGGCAUCCCGUGCUGGCAGUACAUCUUCUCCAAAGAGCCCCUCCCGGAGUGGAGCAGAGAGAUGUUCAACCUCAUAGUCCCGGGAGUCUUACCUGAAGACCGGAACCUAGUGGAGGGACGCAGCUACAAACACCCCAUCGAACACACCAACAAGAUCGAUCCGAGUAUUUUCCUGGUUUCCAGCAGCAAUCCGAUGCCGGCAAUCGACUCAAGUUACAGCAACGUGCGGCAGCCAUCCGAAGCCAAAGCGCGAGAGAAACAGAAGGUGAAAGCCGUCCCCCGAAGGGCCAUGAGCUGCAAAAGCAAGAAGGGAAAUUAAUUAAAACACUAAUGUCCCUAAA